GCCACAAAGCGUUACGCAUUAUUCACGCAGCUCCAAGCCUUUGUAACAUCAACUACACUUUGUAGUGUGUCCAGCUCGAGUUCCAGUCCAUUUAGACAAGCUCGUAAAAGUAGCAAGUAAAACGCUUCACGCUUGACUUGAUUGUGGCCGUUAUGUGUAGACUAAGUUAUUGCACACUGCUGUUAAUAGCAGCCUCCUGCUACCUCGUCUACUGCAGCCACGCCAAGGCCAUUCAGGGCACAAACAAACUGGAUUUACCAAAUCGCAUCAACAACGCUGGCGUCGGCAUUGGCAUCGGCAGCGGCGUUGGCAGCGGCGUUGGCAGCGCAGCAGCUGCGGCGGAAGCACGCCACAAGCGCGCCAUGGGCGAAUACAACAAAGAGCUGAACGACAUCAUUGACGAGCUGGAAGAGAACAGUUUGGUGCAAAAAGCAAGCGUCGCUGUGCCGCCAGCACAGCAACAGGAAUUCGACCUGGAUAAUAUGCCACCGUUGGCCUAUUACCUGCUAUUGCAGAAGCUGCGACAGCUGCAGAGCAGUGGCGAGCCUGCCUAUCGCGUGCGCACGCCACGCCUUGGCCGCAGCAUUGACUUUCAGCAGCUAUUGGAGGGCGGCAGAGGGAGCAGCGAGGAGGCGGCAGCUGGCGGACAGUUUGCGUCGCGCAUGAUGAAGAAAUCGGUGCCGUUCAAGCCGCGCCUGGGUAAACGUGCUCAAGUGUGCGCCGGCGGGGAUUAAGUCACUGGCAGGCACCCGUUAAAUCAACACCAAACACUAGGACAACGACAACGACAACGGCGACAACGAGGACGAGCCCUUGGGCAAGGUUGAGGCCAACCAUUGGCUGGCAGAGUGCCAGGCAGCUCCACUUUAACUAUGGCUACUCACACAUAACAUAACGCCCCCUUACAAAAAAAAAAGAACCAUCGACAUCGGAAGAACACGCAACGCAAGGAAAGCGUCCAACGAUGUGCAAUAAUUAUUAAUCCCACAUAUUCUUAUUAUUAAACAUACUUAUUAUACAACAAUUGUAGUAUAGCUAGGCCCAAGUCAUGAGAGGAUUACGAACAAAAUAAUUGUAUAAACAAUAAAUUGCA